UAUAGUGUUGCACUAUAAAGAGCAGAUCAAUAUUCUUUCAGGUUUCACAAAGAGGUCCAACACCAAGGUGCUUUAUAGAAAGAGCAAUACAGCUUUAGACAAUAUCAGUCCUACUUGUUCAUGUGAGAGAAUGCAUGGCUGAUGCCCCCAUUUUUAACAGCAGACAGGGGUUGUUUCCUUUUCUCCCAGAAGAUAGGACGGUGUUUCAGACCAUGGUCACUGUCGGACACCCCAGUGCCUCCAAGGAGGGCACUGAGGCCAUCGUGCCUCAGGAACAAGAUCCAGAGAAGAGAAGAUUUCGGUCCCACUCCCAACUAUAUGGAGCCAUCGGGGACAGCAUAGGCAAUGUAGGAGAUACUUGCCCGACUUGUCGGGGAAUAGGGCGUAUUCCAAGAAAACAUGAUCAGCUAGUGGCAGUCAUCUCAUGUUCAGACAAAAGACUGAGGCCCGGCCGCACGAAACUCUACGUGUGUAUCUCGGUGGUGCUGUGUCUCCUGAUCUGCUUUCUGAUCCUCUUCUUCCUCUUCCCACGGAGUAUCUCACUAUCCCCUGUCACCGUCCAAUCAGUGAUGGUCUUCUUCACCCCAGACAAAGUUGAAAUGCAAGUCACUAAUGUUUUCAACUUCACCAAUGACAAUUUUGCGGAGAUGGAAGUCUUGGACUUUGAUAUGCAAGUCCUGAUCGAUGAAACCGUGAUGGGCAGAAUCAAGAUAUCUAAUAUGACCUCGGUCAAAUCACGUUCAGAGAAUUUGUAUACUGUUGUCAUACCCAUAAUAAUUGAGGACCCAGGCCUGAAUAAUUACUGCAAGUCAACCUCCAUAAGGAUUCACACCUUGUUCUUACUUUUGCAAAUGACAAUGAAUGUGUCCUACCUGGCUCACUCAGAGCAGCUGUCCAAAGACACCUUUGAGUACAUUGACUGUGGAGCCAACACCACCAUUCCCCACCCUAUCGGGCAAAUGAUUUUUGAACGAUGAAAGCCUGGCAACGAAGGGAUUCCCAAAGUGAAAAUAUGUAUUAUAAACAAGAUAGACUCAUCAAAGGGAAAUGUAUACGUAUUGUAGUAGACAAUAUUAAUAAUUCUAGUAUUGUCCUCUGCUCUGCCCACAUUAUUUGCUGUGCAAUAUUCUUCUAAAGUAGUUUUCUGAAUGAUUUAUGAACUGUGAAAGUACACGUUGGUUGUUUUAACAUAAUUGUAGGGAUUUAGAACAUAUAUGAGAUGUGUGAUAAUGAUUCAGAAUACAAAUUAAAUUCCACAAGACAUGUUAUGUGCACUUUAAAGUUUACUGCAUUGA